CCAGGUUUCCUGAAGGCUGUAAGCAGAGUUGGCCGCUGUUCUUUGCCGGAACCAUCAUUUGCUGCUGACACCCUCACCCCCUCCUUUCCAGUCCUUCCCCCUAUUCCCACACUCCAAUGACUUCUCUGUGCAAGGAUGAGGAAGAGUUUGACUUCAGCUUUCUCUUUGAGUUUAACCAGCGCGACGCUGCCUGCAAUGCUGCCGGAGGAGAAGCCUACAAUUUUGCGUCUCCACACAUAAAAGUCACUCCAUCAUCAGGUGUGGUGAAUCCUUCCAUGCCUAUAUCAUGCCAUGGCUUACAGACGUCUAGUCCAAGCCAUUCUACACUGUUGUCAACACAUGGAAUGAUGGGAUAUGGGGGCAACAUUGACGGUGGUGCUUCAGGUUACUACUUAACCCCAAAUGUAAGACCAAAUGGUGCUGGAGCCCUUGAGAGUCCGAGGAUAGAAAUUACACCUUAUCCUGGAAUGCAAGUUGCCCAUAAUCAGUUUGCUGGCGAAACUGAAAUUGAUGGAAUUGAAAAUGGUUCAGGCUGUAAGCGUUCCAAUUCAUUAGUUACCCUGUCUCUCCCCAAUCCAGAUGCCUACAGAGAUCCCUCAUGCUUAAGUCCAGCAAGUAGUCUUUCAUCUCGAAGUUGUCAUUCAGAAGCAUCUGAGUCCAGUUAUUCUAUUACUUACGAGGGCUCACCUCUCGCCUCUCCUUGGCAAUCACCGUGUGUCUCGCCCAAAGGCUCCACCCAUGAGGAAGGAUUCCCUCGAGGGCAGGCGGCAUGCACCUUAUGGAAUUCACCCAGGCAUUCCCCAGGCACUUCGCCAAGAACUAGCAUCACUGAGGAGAACUGGUUGAGCCCACGGCCCACCUCAAGACCAUCGUCAAGGCCACAAUCCCCAUGUGGCAAAAGAAGGCACUCAUUCAAUGGUGGGUACUAUCGACAGCCUUCUUGCUCACCGCAUCAUUCUCGCACGCCAUCACCACAGGCCUCUCCUCGAGUAAGCGUUACUGAGGAAACAUGGUUGGGGAGUGGGAACCAGUACAACUCUGCUAUACUUGCUGCCAUCACUGCCCUCACCACUGACACUUGCAUGGAUAUCAACGACAGUAUACCAGUCAAGUCUCCAAGAAGAACUAUACAAGACCAAACCCCUUCCAUGUCUCUCAAACCAGAGCCAGGGAAUGACGAUCAAAGAGACUAUUCACCUUCCAUAGAUUCAUUGCAAGAAGAAUUUCCAGGAUCUCGUCUUCCUGUCAAAAAAGAAGCUUUCUGUGACCAGUAUUUAUCAGUUCCUCAACAUCCCUAUCCAUGGACAAAGCCAAAAUCUGUCUCAUCAUCAUCAUCUUUUGCCAGCUCUGCUUUGCCUGCCCUUGACUGGCAGUUGCCAUCCCAUUCUGGACCGUACGAGCUGGAGAUUGAAGUACAGCCCAAGUCCCAUCAUAGAGCACACUACGAGACGGAGGGCAGUCGUGGAGCUGUAAAGGCGUCUGGCAGCGGACACCCAGUUGUGCAGCUUCAUGGCUACAUGGAAAGUGAACCCCUCACACUGCAGCUGUUCAUUGGGACAGCAGACGACCGCCUGUUGAGACCACAUGCCUUCUACCAAGUCCAUCGGAUCACUGGCAAGACGGUUUCUACAACCAGCCAUGAAAGCAUCAUCAGCAACACCAAGGUUCUGGAGAUCCCUCUACUGCCAGAAAAUAACAUGAGAGCAAACAUUGAUUGUGCUGGGAUACUGAAGCUUCGAAAUUCUGACAUUGAACUGAGGAAAGGUGAGACUGACAUUGGAAGGAAGAAUACAAGAGUACGGCUGGUCUUCCGUGUGCACAUUCCACAACCCAAUGGUAGAACGAUCUCUCUGCAGGUUUCAUCCAAUCCCAUUGAGUGCUCCCAAAGGUCUGCCCAGGAGUUGCCGCUGAUUGAAAAGCAAAGCAUUGACAGGUUUCCUGUGACUGGCGGAAAGAUGAUGAUUUUAAAUGGCCACAACUUUCUUGCAGAGUCAAAGGUCAUUUUUGUGGAAAAAGCAGCAGAUGGACAUCAUUUAUGGGAGACUGAAGCAAAGACGGACAAGGAGUUCUUUAAACCUAGUACACUUAUUGUUGAAAUUCCGCCCUAUCGGAACCAGCACAUUACCUGCCCUGUCCAAGUGUAUUUCUAUGUCUGCAAUGGGAAAAGGAAGAGGAGCCAAAGCCAGCGCUUUUCCUAUCUACCAGCUAAUGUUCCCGUUAUAAAAACAGAACCUGCCGAUGACUAUGAAGCACCCUUAAUCUAUGGAUCACUCAAUCAAGGGAUGAGUCCCUUGUCCCAGCCCUACUACCCUCAACCAGUCAUGGCUCCCGAGAUAACACAGGAUCCCAGUUCCUGCCUUGUAAGUAGUUUCUCCUCUUGUCAACAGAGAAACGCUGGGUUGUCAUCCUCCCCUACAUCAAUUCAUAAACAGCAUGACAUUACAUCUGCCCCCUAUGCAAAAUGCACCAGCAGUACAGCCAGUACCCAGCUUGGUCACCAGCAAUCUCGAACAGUGCCCGCUCUUCCAGAAAUGCACAGGUCGGUUGUUGUCCAUCCAACUUCGCCCACUCACUCUGCACACGUCCUGAUGCAGCCCCCAAUGAGUCAGCACCUCAACAGCAGCUGUUCCCAUGGCUUCCAGCAUGCCCUGUAUCCCAACAAUCUUUCUCCUCAAGGCCCUUCUGCUUCACCAGAGGUGACUUACGUGCAGCCCUUCAGUCCAACUAAUUCUGCAGCAAGAGGACAACAACAGCAAGCUCAAAAGUCUCCAAGGAAUGGAGCUCAAUCUAGUCCAUCAAUGAUGCCACCAGUCCCAGGGGAGAACAGCCAGGAGUUGACUCCUUUGCAAGUUACAGUGAAGCAAGAGCCUCAAGAACUGGACCAGUUGUACCUGGAUGAUGUAAAUGAAAUCAUACGCAAUGAUCUCUCAAGUGCCUCUGUUCAUGGACAUUCAUAGUUAAAAGCAGCGUCAAGACAAUGGAGAGAAAGAAGAUGGUCCAUUUUGGGCAUCAGGAUAUCGACCAUGUGAAGAUCACGGGCUACGCUGCCUCAAAGAAAAUUCACUAGAUGUAGAAAUCAAGCUUUUAUUUCUCUUUUCUAGAAAUAAUUCACUUCAGGUAACAGGAUGUAAACUGUUUACUCGUUUGUAAUGACGCAAGGAUGUCAGCUGAUGACUAGCCAACAUUCCCAGUGAACUAUCAUUUGGAUGAAUUCUCAGUUCCACCACAAACUGUCUUCCUGGAUCAUUCCCAAGUAAAAAUGUGUAAAGAAUUCCAAAGAAUCAAUAUUGUUGCAAAGGAAUAAUGCAGUCAAAAUGAUCAAUUUGGGUGUUUGGAAGUCCGCAAGUAAAA